AUGGAUGAAAAGUCGAGGAAACCGGAAGAUACGCCUUUUAAGCAACAGAAGCUCAAAGCGUGGCAGCCAAUUCUAACACCUAAUUGGGUUAUUGGUACUUUUGCCGUUGUCGGUCUCAUUUUCAUUCCCAUUGGCGUCUUGCUGCACACCGAGUCGGACAAUGUUGUGGAAUAUUCGAUUCAAUAUGAUGGAAAUGGUAUGGCGUCAUCGUCUAAUAUUGUAAACAUUGGCAGUGGUUGUUAUUUGAGUGAAGUGAGUGAAGGUGAUUCAUUUAAUGUGGAUGAACAUGGUUGCAGAAUUACAUUUAAUAUUGAGAAAGAGAUGAAAGCGCCGGUAUAUUUGUAUUACCAACUGGAUAAUUUUUACCAGAAUCAUCGUCGUUACGUCCAGAGUCGUAGUGACGCUCAGCUUCGUGGAGAUGCAGUCGCUAGUACAACGGAUUGUUCACCGUUAGUGACAACAGGAACGGGUGUUUUUAAAUACAAUUCUACGGCGGAGACACCAAUUGGUGGCAAUGAGACGGAUUAUACGCUCAUGCCAUGUGGAUUGAUUGUUAAUAGUCUGUUUAAUGACAUUUAUUGGGUCAACAAGUUGGUGACUAAUGGUGAGACGUACUACCAGAAUGACACGUAUCAGGGCAAGACGCUUGUGAACCUUGUGGAUCAAACAGGCAUUGCCUGGAAAUCGGAUGUUGAGACAAAAUUCAAGAACAUAAACUUGGCCGAUCUCACAGAUGCAGACAACACGAUGAUGCUUUGGCAGAACCCUCGCUACCGCUAUAUUAUCCCUAUGUAUGUGGGACAGGAACCUAUUGCCAACAAGACGGCAUGGACGACGAAUGCACGUGCUUAUGGGGUCCAGGACGAACACUUUAUCGUGUGGAUGCGUACAGCUGGACUGCCAAGCUUUCGCAAACUUUAUGGUCGUAUUGACACAGAUUUGGCAGCAGGCACGCAACUCGAGUUUCUUGUCUCUAGCAAUUUUGUGGUAAGCACAUUUGAGGGGAAAAAGUCGAUUGUGAUUUCGACGACAUCAUGGUUCGGUGGCCGAAAUCCGUUCCUUGGCAUCGCGUACAUCAUCGUGGGUGCGCUUUGCAUGGUGCUGGCCAUUUUGUUUUUUGCCAAACACAAGCUCAGUCCGCGUAAGCUUGGUGAUACGCGGUAUUUGGUGUGGAAGAAUAAUCACUAA